GUCUCAACAGCUCAAACUGUCAAAGAAAACGGGAAGAGAAACAUUCGGAGCUUCAGACGCCUGCAGAGAAGAUGGAGAUGAAGAUGAGCUGUGUGUGUUUGGUGCUGGGGCUGGUCCUGCUGAUGACCCUGUCCUCAGAUGCUGGCACUGGUGAUAUCGAUGAUCAUCCUGAUAUCUGCUGUUUCAGCUUCAUCACUUUUAAAAUUCCAGACAAAGAAAUACUAAAAGUUAAAAGAUUACAUCCCGACUGCCCAAAGCAGGGCUUCGUGAUUACAACGCCGAGGGGCAGAUUCUGCAUGAAGGACCUGCAGUAAAUCUAGAUUUCAGAGCUGCAGCUUCAACACAGCCCAGACGCAGACGCAGCACACAGAGCAGCUAAAAGCUUUACACGCCCCUUUAAUCAUCACAUGAUUUAUCAAUCAGCGCUUUGCUUUUUCAAUAUUAUCAGUGAUUGUUUAACUCUGUGAAAAUAAAACAAUGCAUGACAAAAAUCUCUACAGAGAAAAAUAACAUCAUAAAGACAAAUUAGAUUUCAGUGCUCCAGCUUCUAAACAAUAAACAUUAUACAAUACAAAAUCUAUACAAUA